GCCUCCUCGUUUCUCCCCGUCCUUCCUCUCUCGUCGCUAUUUUUGGGGGGUUUCGCCGACCGAAGCAGAAGAGCAAGCGCCUUCAAUCGCGAAUUCCAGGAGAGGUAUUGAGUAAGAGCUAAGCCGCCGGCCUACUGCCUGUGACCGCCAUGAAUCCGGAGUAUGACUAUCUAUUCAAACUUUUGCUUAUUGGAGACUCAGGCGUUGGAAAGUCAUGUUUGCUCCUGAGAUUUGCGGAUGAUUCCUACCUGGAAAGUUACAUAAGUACUAUCGGAGUUGAUUUUAAAAUACGCACAGUCGAGCAGGAUGGGAAGACCAUUAAGCUUCAAAUUUGGGAUACUGCUGGGCAAGAGCGUUUCAGAACAAUUACAAGCAGCUAUUACCGAGGUGCCCAUGGCAUCAUUGUGGUGUAUGAUGUGACAGACCAGGAGAGCUUCAAUAAUGUGAAGACUUGGCUAAAUGAGAUCGACAGAUAUGCAAGUGAUAAUGUGAACAAGCUUCUGGUGGGCAACAAAAGCGAUCUUACUGCAAAUAAAGUUGUCUCUUACGAGAUAGCCAAGGCGUUCGCAGAUGAGAUCGGCAUCCCUUUCGUGGAGACUAGUGCGAAAAAUGCUACCAAUGUGGAGCAGGCCUUCAUGGCCAUGACUACUGCCAUCAAGAACAGGAUGGCUAGCCAACCAGCCGGAAACAAUGCCAGGCCACCGACAGUACAAAUCCGUGGACAACCGGUGAAUCAGAAGAGCACCUGCUGCUCAUCCUGAGCAUUUUGAUGGUUGCAUGUAAAAAUUAUCAUCUGCUGUUAUUAUGAUUUCAUGCCCCCGUUUCAUGUUAUUUAGUCAUUGUUUGUACAAUAUUGGAGAUUUUCUGUUAUAAUUAAUUAUCUUGUUCCUUUAA